UUAAAUAGCCGAAGAAGGUUAUGUUGGUUGGUACAGUUACUGCAAUUUGUUCCGACAAGAUCUGGUACUACAAUGCCUGCAACCAUUGUAAAUCGGGUGUCGAGGAAGCGUUUGUUACCGCUGAAAAAGAAGAUGGUUCUGUUGAUGUUGAACACAGGACGACAUUAAUUUGUACCAACAAAGACUGUCAAGGAGUUGAUAUUUUCUCGAUACCUCGUUUCAAGAUACCUAUUCGUGUUCAAGACUCAUCUGACACUGUUACGUUGACACUGUUUGAUUUCGAAGCGUACAAGAUUUUCAAAAAAACUGCAAAGGAAUUGUUGCAGGUGCAAGAUGAGGUAAAUUUAUACAUCAAACUCGGUAUUUUGCACAAUUCGCUUGACUAAUUUAUAUUUUUGAUUUGAUAGUUAUUAAUAUAGAUUUGUUUUAACUUUUUAGGAGUUGGCAAAUGGCGGUAUCCCAAAGCCAUAUCCUGAUGUAUUUGACAUCUUGAUUGGCAAGAAGCUUGCUUUCAUCAUAUCUGUUUCUAAAUUUAACAUCAAGCAUAAA